CUGCGAGAGGACGUUGCGUGCUCGCUCGCGCCAGGCGAGUCUCCGCGUCUUGCCUCGCGAACUCGGUGAAAGGAAUUGGCGCCGUUCGACACCAGGCGGGUCCGUUCUGCUGCAGCACCCAGCUCUCUCCAGCCGCAGCCGCCGCCCGGGCCGACCAGCAGCCGCCGCCACAGGCCGAGGGAGCCAGCAGUCAGCGGUGAACCGGGGCCCUCACCAUGAGUUCUUCGCCUGUUAAUGUCAAGAAGCUGAAGGUGUCGGAGCUGAAGGAGGAGCUCAAGAAGCGGCGCCUCUCUGAUAAGGGCCUCAAGGCCGAUCUCAUGGAUCGACUCCAGGCCGCGCUGGACAACGAGGCAGGAGGCCGCCCUGCCAUGGAGCCCGGGAACGGCAGCCUCGACCUGGGUGGCGAUGCGGCCGGGCGCUCGGGAGCAGGCCUAGAGCAGGAGGCCGCGGCCGGCGCCGAAGACGACGACGAGGAGGAAGGCAUCGCCGCUCUGGACGGCGACCAGAUGGAGCUGGGCGAGGAGAACGGGGCGGCGGGGGCGGCUGACGCCGGCGCGAUGGAGGAGGAGGAGGCGGCGUCGGAAGACGAGAACGGCGACGACCAGGGCUUCCAGGAGGGGGAGGACGAGCUCGGCGACGAGGAGGAGGGCGCGGGCGACGAGAACGGUCACGGGGAGCAGCAGUCCCAACCGCCGGCGGCGGCGCAGCAGCCUUCCCAGCAGCGUGGUGCUGGCAAGGAGGCCGCGGGGAAGAGCAGCGGCCCCACCUCGCUCUUCGCGGUGACGGUGGCGCCGCCAGGGGCGAGGCAGGGCCAACAGCAGGCGGGAGGAGACGGCAAAACAGAACAGAAAGGCGGAGAUAAAAAGAGAGGCGUUAAAAGACCGCGAGAAGAUCAUGGCCGAGGAUAUUUUGAGUACAUUGAAGAAAAUAAGUACAGCAGAGCCAAGUCUCCUCAACCACCUGUUGAAGAAGAAGACGAACACUUCGAUGACACAGUGGUUUGUCUUGAUACUUAUAAUUGUGAUCUGCAUUUUAAAAUAUCAAGAGACCGCCUCAGUGCUUCUUCCCUUACUAUGGAGAGUUUUGCUUUUCUUUGGGCUGGAGGAAGAGCUUCUUACGGUGUGUCAAAAGGCAAAGUCUGUUUUGAGAUGAAGGUAACGGAGAAGAUUCCAGUAAGACAUUUAUAUACAAAAGAUAUUGAUAUACAUGAAGUUCGGAUUGGCUGGUCACUAACCACAAGUGGAAUGUUGCUUGGUGAAGAAGAAUUUUCUUAUGGGUAUUCUCUGAAAGGAAUAAAAACAUGCAACUGCGAGACAGAAGAUUAUGGAGAGAAGUUUGAUGAAAAUGAUGUGAUUACAUGCUUUGCUAACUUUGAAACUGAUGAGGUUGAACUCUCUUAUGCGAAGAAUGGACAAGAUCUUGGUGUUGCCUUUAAGAUCAGUAAGGAAGUUCUUGCUGACCGGCCACUAUUCCCACAUGUUCUCUGCCAUAAUUGCGCAGUUGAGUUUAAUUUUGGUCAAAAGGAAAAGCCAUACUUUCCAAUACCUGAAGAUUGUACUUUUAUCCAAAAUGUCCCCUUAGAGGACCGAGUCAGAGGACCAAAAGGACCUGAAGAGAAGAAGGAUUGUGAAGUUGUAAUGAUGAUUGGCUUGCCAGGAGCUGGAAAAACUACCUGGGUUACAAAACAUGCAGCGGAAAACCCCGGGAAGUACAACAUUCUUGGAACAAAUACUAUUAUGGAUAAAAUGAUGGUGGCAGGUUUUAAGAAGCAAAUGGCAGAUACUGGAAAACUGAACACGCUGUUGCAGAGAGCCCCACAGUGUCUUGGCAAGUUUAUUGAGAUUGCUGCCCGCAAGAAGCGAAAUUUUAUUCUAGAUCAGACAAAUGUGUCUGCUGCUGCCCAGAGGAGAAAAAUGUGCCUGUUUGCAGGCUUCCAACGGAAAGCUGUUGUUGUUUGCCCAAAAGAUGAAGACUAUAAGCAGAGGACACAGAAGAAGGCGGAAGUAGAAGGAAAAGACCUACCAGAACAUGCUGUCCUCAAGAUGAAAGGAAACUUCACUCUUCCAGAGGUUGCAGAAUGCUUUGAUGAAAUAACCUAUGUUGAACUUCAGAAGGAGGAAGCCCAAAAGCUUUUGGAGCAAUAUAAAGAAGAAAGCAAAAAGGCACUGCCACCAGAAAAGAAGCAAAACACUGGCUCAAAGAAAAGCAAUAAAAAUAAGAGUGGCAAGAACCAGUUCAACAGAGGUGGUGGCCAUAGAGGACGUGGAGGAUUCAAUAUGCGAGGUGGCAAUUUCAGAGGAGGAGCUCCUGGGAAUCGUGGUGGAUAUAAUAGGAGAGGCAACAUGCCACAGAGAGGUGGCGGUGGGGGAAGUGGUGGAAUUGGCUAUCCAUACCCACGUGGCCCUGUUUUUCCUGGCCGAGGUGGUUACUCAAACCGAGGAAAUUACAACAGAGGUGGAAUGCCCAACAGAGGGAACUAUAACCAGAACUUCAGAGGACGAGGAAAUAAUCGUGGCUACAAAAAUCAAUCUCAGGGCUACAACCAGUGGCAGCAGGGUCAAUUCUGGGGUCAGAAGCCAUGGAGUCAGCAUUAUCACCAAGGAUAUUAUUGAAUACCCAAAUAAAACGAACUGAUACAUAUUUCUCCAAAACCUUCACAAGAAGUCGACUGUUUUCUUUAGUAGGCUAACUUUUUAAACAUUCCACAAGAGGAAGUGCCUGCGGGUUCCUUUUUUAGAAGCUUUGUGGGUUGAUUUUUUUUCUUUUCUUUUUUGUACAUUUUUAAUUGCAGUUUUAAAGUGAAUCGUAAGAGAACCUCAGCAUUGUGCACGAUAAGAGAAUGUGUCAGUAUUUCAGGGUUCUACAUUUUGAUCUGUAAAAUGUGACUUUUUUUUUAUCACAACAAAAGUAAAAUGUUGCUUUGUACCUGGUGUCUUUUAUUAAGCAUUUACUCCCCCAUUUCUCACAGAGAAUUACAGUCGGGAGUCAUUGUCACAAUAAAAUAGCAAUGUUAGCAACCAGAUUCAUGGAAGGACUAAAGGGUCCUCAUGAAUUGCAUUAAGAUUCUGUACUGCUCAUAAUACACUCCAUCCUCUCUAGACUGCCGGGUACUAGAGGAGGGGUAAUCUCUGACAAAAAACGGGAAGGCUAUUUUUUUUUUUCUGUUUAACAAUGGAAUUGGCGUAAUUGGGAACGAAGAUAAAAUUUGGAACCAAGAUUGAGAAGAUGGAGUGUAUGUAGAAGGGCUGUUUAAAAAUGUAAACUUGGUUGCAUUAUAUGUGGAGGCUCAAACUUGUGAAGGUUAAAUACCACAAAGUUUUCCAUUUGUUCUGCAUUUUGAUUCUGAAAAGAAAGCUGGCUUUGCCCAUUUCUUAUUAAAAAACUUGUUGUAAAUCCA